CCUUUUCAAUAUUCUCUACGUUUCAUAUGCCUUAUUUUAGAAUACAUACGCCUCUACAUACACAAAUCUGUAUAUAAAACAAGAAAUAUCGCCUUCUUCACGCAUUAUCUAUACCUGAAUAAAAGAAGAGAUUCGAUCAAAAAAAAAGAGAGAACCCCAGAUAAAGAGAAAACCCGCAAAGAAGAGGAACAAAUAAUUCUCAAAUAAUCAAUGGCCAAGAAAGUGAGAAAGCUUCACGUAAUGGUGAAGCCGGUGAGACUCGAUGGUUUACCGGCUGUUCUCGGAGGCCAGACGGAAGCAAAGAAUGUUUUCGCGAUGGUGGAAUUGAAAUGGAAAGGACCCGUCUCUGGUUUCGGAUUGGGGCUCGUCCCUUUCUAUCGGUCAAACCGACCCAUCAACCACACGAGCUCUAAACCGAUUGCUUUGGGCGUAAGCCAUGUCAAAUGGGAAGAAGAGUUCGAACGCAUUUGUUGUAUUGUUGGCCCGUGGAACCUUUCCUUCAGUGUUUUCUACGGGGAGACUAUAGACGCAAAAAACAAAAAGGCUAUCGUCGGAAAAGCGUCGUUAGAUUUGGCGGAGUUGGCUUCGAAACUUGAAUCAACGGUGGAGAGACAGCUUCCGAUUAGGUCAAAGGGUUUACUUUGGAAGGGAGCAACCCUUGUGGUCAACGUGACUUUUUCUGAAGUAAGAAACGAACCAGACGAUUUUACACAACUCGGUCCGGUAACGGUUGACUCCGCGAUCACGACAAAGAUGGCAAGUCGUCGCGGCGGCAUUGAUUUCGACACUUCUUCCUCACCAGCCACCGCUUCAAAUUCCGGUGCUGUCAGCCCAAUUUUAGGAACAGGGUCGAAUUCAAGCCCAGAGAAUCAGUCUGAACCGGGUCAAAAAGCCGGGUUUAACUGGUGGAAGAGACGACGGUUAAGCUUUUCCAUGACCUGGAGAAGAGAACCGAGAGAGGAGGAAACCUCAACAAAGAUACCGUCGGCGACGGAAUCAGGAAAGCCGGCGACGGAGUUAUCGAUCGAGCCAAACAAAUGGGUGGUGAAGGAUCUAGCGAGCCGCGACGGAAAAUGGAAGCUGAGAUCGGAAGUUUACACGGCGUCGAUUGAUCAGAGAAGCGAGCAAGCCGGCGGAGAAGCGGCUUGCGCGGCGGUUGCGGUGGUGGUGGCUCAUUGGUUCCAAGCGAAUCCUCGGUUAAUCAAUCCUUCAGGAACAGAGUUCGAUUCGCUAAUCACGCAAGGAUCUUCCUUGUGGCAAUCUCUCUCCGACAAAGAAUCGUAUCUGACAUUGUUCCCGGACAGACAUUUCGAUCUGGAGACAAUCGUGUCCGCAAAAUUACGACCGAUCAGGGUUUGUACUGAGCAUUCGUUUACUGGGUUUUUCAACCCGGAGAGAUUCGCUUCGUUGGAAGGUUUAAUGUCGUUCGAUCAGAUCUGGGACGAAGUGGAGAAAGAAGUAGCGGUUGCGUCGGGGAAUGGGGAGUCUAGGGUUUAUAUUGUUAGCUGGAACGAUCAUUUCUUUGUGGUGAAGGCAGAUUUGGACGGGUAUUGUGUGAUUGAUUCGUUAGGGGAGAGAUUAUUCGAAGGUUGCAAGCAAGCUUACAUUCUCAAAUUUGAUGAUUCGAGUUUGAUGUAUGAGAAAGAGGCAUCGUCGGAGAAAUUGGUUUGUAAGGGUAAAGAGUGUUGCAGAGAGUAUAUAAAGAGGUUUCUUGCGGCGAUUCCGGUGGCUGAGUUGGCGGCAAAGGAGGAGAAAGGGAAUGUUGUUGAUGUGUCUCUUCUUCAUGAGAAACUUCAGAUUGAUUUGCAUCAUAUUAUGUUGACUGCUGACUAGAGAUUUGAUAUUCUGGUUAGUGUAGAUUUGUUAGGAUUGUGAAUAGAGAGAGUAUGUUGUGCAUAUUGUUCGUUAUAAUCAUCACGUUAAGUUAAGCCAAUGUGUUGGGGGUGAAAAACAAUAAGAAGUUUCCAUUUGCUUGGUGUUGGUUCUAGAAUCCAAACAUGGUUUCUACUUUUUCCUUGUUUUGAGUAUGAAAGUAAGAACAGAGCAAGGAUUUUGGGACAAGAAGCAAAACAAAGUGUAGCUUAGGUUUUGUGUUCUUGUUUAUAUUAAGAUGGAAGAAGAACUACCUGGUACGGGAAACAAAAAAAAAAAAAAAGUGUAGUUUAGCUCCGAUUUUAACGGGGUGGGUCUCUCCGGGUGAUCUCCUACUUGACUUCAGGAAGUGUUAAAGCUCUUAUUGUAGACCUUUACUUCACCUAACUUCGGGUUAGGUUGCUCUUUUGAGAGUAUGAUCUUUAUUCUUUACAUUGAGACCCAAUUUGUGAGUGUUCGUAUUACCCUGAUAAUGGAUUUUAGAUUUUAGUUGUUUGGCCUCCGGUGUAGCGUAGAAGAAAUGGUCUUUAGAUGGGAUACCAGUCUUUUUGCUGAAGAUGCAGCGGAUCUCAUCUACGUGGGAUGCCCAAAUGAUUGUCUAAUCUACUUUACCAAAUGAGUAUCCACAUAAUGAGGUCACAUUGUGGAAGCAUGGACCAGAUGCCUAUAAUGACUUCUCAUCAAAAAAUACAUGGGAGCAUAUUCAUGUACAAAACCUCGAGAAAAAUAGGCUUAAGCUGGUCUUGUUUGAACAAUCAGUUCAACGCAGGCCUUCACAUUCUGGUUAGU